UCUCCUCACGUUUUCAGACUCUGCGUUGACUCGAUUCCUCUACCUCGAAGUAACUACGCGUCCGUUCCCCAUUCGCCAUCGCUUCACCGUUAUCAACCAUUUUUACCGAUACAAAAUUCCGAAACUUACAACCUAACCGGGGGCGGCACCCAACCACUUCAAACCAUUUCUGACUCUCUGUCCCUCUCUCUACCGCCGGAGACGACGGAGCUAAAACACAUUCUAUCCUCCGCCGUCUCAAAAAACCCUCGCCAGUUUGACUGGGACUUCCUCCGCCGCGGCGCCUGAUGGCUCAUCCAUGGCCGAUCCUGGCCGUUUUCGUCCUCAUCAUGCUCGAUUUCCACGGCGUCGAUCCCGCGGCCGCCGAUCUCGAUGCUCCCCGGAUGCCGAUGAUAAUCCCGCUCCACCUCUCCGCUCCUAACGUAUCCUCUCAUCGGAGAUCCUUCAACGACGAUUUCAACCGCCGGCAUCUGCAGAAUUCGGACCUUCCAAAUGCUCGAAUGCGCCUCUAUGACGAUCUCCUCACUAACGGUUACUACACGACUCGGCUGUUUAUCGGAUCACCACCGCAGGAAUUCGCCCUUAUUGUGGAUACCGGCAGCACCGUGACUUAUGUUCCCUGCUCGAGCUGCGAACAGUGCGGCAAGCACCAGGAUCCAAGGUUCCAACCAGAGUUGUCAAACACAUAUCAAGCUUUGAAGUGCAACCCUAGUUGUAAUUGUGAUGACGAUGGGAAGCAGUGCACUUAUGAGAGGCGAUAUGCCGAGCAGAGUUCCAGCAGCGGUGUGCUUGCUGAAGAUGUCAUUUCCUUCGGCAAUGAAAGCAAGCUCGCACCACAGAGGGCUGUGUUUGGUUGUGAAAAUGUGGAAACUGGCGAUUUGUACAGCCAGAGGGCAGAUGGGAUUAUAGGUUUGGGUCGUGGUCGGCUUAGCAUCGUGGAUCAACUUGUUGACAAGAGCGUCAUAAGUGACUCGUUUUCUUUAUGCUAUGGUGGGAUGGAUGUUGGUGGUGGUGCGAUGGUACUUGGUGGGAUCUCUCCUCCAUCUGAUAUGGUUUUUACGCAUUCUGAUCCCUAUCGUAGUCCAUAUUACAAUAUUGAGCUGAAGGGUCUGCGAGUAGCUGGGAAGCCAUUGAAGAUAAAUCCUAAAGUUUUUGAUGGACGGCAUGGAACAGUUCUGGACAGUGGAACUACAUAUGCUUACCUUCCAGAAGAAGCAUUCGUUGCACUUAAAGAUUCUAUAAUGAAGGAAAUUAGUGUUCUCAGACAGAUCCAUGGCCCUGAUCCAAACUACAAUGACAUAUGUUUUGCUGGGGCUGGAAGGGAGAUCUCUGAAUUAUCAAAGAUUUUUCCAACAGUGGACAUGGUGUUCAGCAAUGGUCAAUCAUUGACAUUAUCUCCAGAGAAUUACCUCUUCCGGCACACAAAAGUCAGUGGUGCAUAUUGCUUUGGGAUUUUCCAGAAUGGAAAGGAUCCAACUACUCUUUUAGGAGGAAUUGUAGUUCGCAAUACGCUUGUAACAUACGACCGGGAAAAUGAUAAGAUUGGAUUUUGGAAGACUAAUUGCUCUGAGCUAUGGAAGAGACUGCAAGUUCCUGGAGCUCCUGCCCCAGCACCUAACAGUUUGCAUAUGAAUAAUACUAGUAACGGGAGUCAAAAUGUGCCUCCUGUUCAGCCACCCAAUGGGCUACCUACAAAGCACAUUCCAGGUGAAGUGAGAAUUGCAAUUAUCACAUUUGAUAUGCUAAUUGUGGUCAAUGACACCUCCACAAAGCCCAACCUCACAGAAGUGGCUGAUGUCAUUGCUCAUGAGUUGGAAGUGGACAACUUGCAGGUGCAAAUGUUGAAUGCCACACUACGAGGAAAGGAGUACCAGGUGAAGUGGGCCUUGUAUCCUGCUGCAUCAGCAGAGUACAUCUCUAAUAGCACAGCAAUGAGCAUCCUUCUCCGGCUGAAGGAGCAUCGCUUGCAAUUUCCUAAGAGAUAUGGGAGCUAUCAGCUGGUUGAGUGGAAAGUCGAACCUCAAAGAAAGCUGUCCUGGUGGCAACAGCAUCUCGUGGCGGUGGCCAUCGGGAUAUUGGUCACCGUGGUUAUCGGUUUAUCGAGCCUUGGUGUAUGGUUGGUGUGGAGACGUAGGCAACAAACCUUGGGUACAUAUGAACCAGUAGGUGGGAUUGUUCCUGAGCAAGAGCUUCAGCCAUUAUGAUGACUUGCGACGGAUUCUACCCGUGACCACAGUUCUUGUAGUACCAUAGGUAAAAAGAGAAGCCGUUCCCUUUCUCAGUCCGGUAAUUACAGACAUUCGAAGGAUGGUGCCCUUUUCCACAAGCUGUUCUGUUUGUAUACCAUAAUAGGAAACAUUCACCAUUGAGUUUGCUUUGCAUAGGGAUUUUGGUUGGACUGAUAAAUUUCAUUAACUGGAGCUGCCUACUUUUUGUUAAUGAUUGUAUGACUGAAAUCGUACUGGAAGUUAUACUGGAAAAGUUAGUGAUAUUGUAUUUUGUACGAAAAUUGUGGUUGAAUCAUCUCGUACCGCUAAUUCCGUAAUAUCGUUUGGUGUACGAUGUUCGGGAUUAUAACAUUGCUUUGGUACUUCGAGGUAAUUGGAAUUAGUAGGGUUGUAUGGAGA